AUUGAACUCACCGAGGUAUGUGCAGUACCAGAUCGGGACUGAUAUGGCGAUUAAGGUCAUGCAUGUCAACAAACAUCAACGAGAUACAUACCUCUGACAACGCAGAAAAUUCCGACGUCACCGAAAAAGACUCGUCGACCUUGGCUAGGUCUUCCCCAUAGCCCGACCUGGAUUUGCCGGCCGCGAAAAUCAACCAAGCCCUCACCACUCCUAGAGCCUCAACAUCCACCGACCCGGUCACUUUGCAUACCGUAGGGUCCUAGACUGGUAAUAGGCUACAGACACGCGCACACGAGCGCUGCGCACCGCCCCAAUCGUAGAUGACGAUCCCAUGGCCGCAGCGUUUCCCUUCUCCCAGGCCAGCUCGCACUUCCCCAUCGAGCAGCCGCUGCCCGCCUCGCUUCUGCUGGACCGCGAGAUCGCCCGGAAGGAAGGGCUCGCCGCCAACGGGAACCUGAUGACCGGCUGCCGCGAGCUGGACGAGUACGUCCUGCUGGGCGGAUUCGAGCGCGGGUCUGUGGUGGGCGUCAGUGCCGAGGAGGAUGGAGAGGAAGAGAUUGGAUUGCUGAUCGGUCUGCAAACGGUUGCGCAUUUGUUGGCUUCUAAGUCGACAGCAAGGGCAAUGGUUGUGACGACAUUGUCGGCAACGGUUCUCUUGCCGAAGCUCAGGAACGCCCUUGUCGGACAGCUGAUGAAAGUCCAAGGCGGCUGGCAGAAUUUCCAAGCUGAAUUACAGGCAUGCCUUGAGAGGAUCUCCAUUUCCAGGGUGUUUGACAUCGAGGGACUGUGGGAGGUGCUUGAGGAGCUGGAGGAUACCGUGCUUGUGAGAGACGGCGAAUCACCCCGGCCGACACAAACCGGGAAGAGAAGCGAAAUCCCAAACAGCGAGGACGACGGCGGUCUCUCGUCUUCGGAGGCGCCCUCCUCAAAACCAUCACCACAACCCGAAAGCACGCCAGUAGAGGCCAGGUCACCGUCACCGACACUCCCCGACAUUAUCCUCGUCACCCAUACUUCCACCCUCCUCAACGCCCUCUUCACCGGCCGCGACAAGGACACCGCCCACAAUAUGAUGCUCCUCCUCGCCUCCCGCCUCCACGCCCUCACCCGCUCCUCAGCCCACGGCGCGCCCCUGUUCAUAUUCCUCAACUCUACAACCUCGCCUGCCGCCUUUCCACAACCUCCCCACGCCGACGACACUACACUCACCGCGCCAUCAAGAGACACACCCCGGCCGCCGUCAAAACACCUCGACUCCACACUCCGCUCGAUCUUUAACCCUCCCCCCCCUCCUCCUCCUCCAGCCACGCAGACCGUGCUCGCCGCGGGAGCACAGCAGGAAGCCAGCACGUCUGCCGCUGCUUCUUCUGCCAGGAGGAACAAGCCCUCCUUCGGGCUGGUCUUCUCUCAGAUGCUUGAUCUCCACCUGCUAUGUACCCGCGUGCCCAGGACAAGGGCAGACAGCGCAGCGCUGAUGGCGAAUCCCGGGAUGAAUAUCAUGGAUGUCUCGUAUGCUUGGGUCGUGGAGGUGUUACUAGACGAGCUCGGAGUGUACGAGAAGCGCGACGGUGAUAGCUUGGAGUGGAGAGAGAGGAGGAGCAGAGAGCAAAGGUGGGCGGCGGUGGAUGUUGAUGAGGAGGGUAGGGUUGUGAAUGCAACCAUCCCGUGACGGAAUGGGAAUUCGGUUAAGGACGAUAAACAUCACGUGUGGAAGGUGAAAAGGUGGAAGAUGCCCGAUGCGGACCGGGUAAGAAGUGGCGGAUCCAACUAGUGAUUUCGUAGGG